GGCUAGGUUCAAUUUGAUUUCUCUUCAACAUAAGAAUUCUAAGCUACGAAGAUAAACUUGCCAAAAAAUUUAGGUGUGACAUUUGUAAAUACCUAAGAAUUGUAUGCUACGAAUGUAAAUUUACCAAAAAAUUAACUGUCAUUAUUAAUCCUAAAGUAUUUCAGUUAUGGUCUUUCUGUCCAUAUUGUUCCAUCCGAUGGAGGAAACUUGCCAGACUUGAAGAUACGAUGACGGCGGCUUCGGCCGUCGCCUGCAUUCGUUCCCUUCGCAAUUCAUCCUCUCUCACUUCCGUCACCUCCGCGCAUUCCAGGCUGCUCAAGGCCGGCAUUAUCGCCGGCACCACUACGGCCAACCACUUGAUCAACGGUUACCUGAGAUGCGGCUCCAUGUCUCAUGCACAACAGAUGUUCGAUGAAAUGGCUGAACCCAAUGUAGUCUCCUGGACGUCCAUUAUGGCCGGCUAUGUCGACGCCGGCCGGCCAGACCCGGCCGUAUUUCUAGCAAUGCCUGUGCAUGGAGUUGAACCCAACUCCUUCACGAUUUCCACCGCCAUUAACGCCUGCUCAGAGCUCGCCAAUGCUCGGAUAGGCAAGCUUCUUCAUGCCAGGAUAGAGCUUCUCGGCCUCCAGUCGGACGUUGUGGCCUGCACAGCACUGAUUGAUAUGUAUGGAAAAACUAACGACAUUGAUUCCGCACGCCAGUUGUUCGACGGAAUGUUCGAGAAAAACAUUUACAGUUGGGGCACAAUGAUCUCCGUCUACGCACAGAAUGCCUGUAAUAACGAAGCUUUAUAUCUGUUCAGAAAGUUUUCAUGGAAGAUGCACCUGCGCCCUAACCAUUUCAUGCUUUCCAGCAUCAUUAAUGUCUGCGCAGGCUUGGGGAGAUUCGAACCAGGUCGAUCGGCACACGCAGCUGCGAUUCGUUUAGGUCAUGAAGACAACGAUGUCAUCGCUGGAGGGUUGAUCGACAUGUACGCCAAAUGCGGCUGUGUUGAGUACUCCCGUGCAGUCUUCGCUCAUAUCGCCAUCCCCACCCUCAUCCCUUACAGCGCCAUGAUCGUCUCCGCAGCGAGGCAUGGCCUCAGCGGCCUGGCUCUCUCGCUGUUCAACGAAUUGCUUGACCGGGGAAUUCAGCCAAAUAGUGUCACCCUCCUCGGCGUACUCCAUGCGUGCAGCCACUCCGGUCUCAGUGAUGCCGGCCUCAGCUGCCUCCACUCGAUGCACCGCAACUAUGGCGUGCUUCCGAACGCGAAGCAUUACACAUGUGCCGUGGACAUGUUGGCUCGUGCGGGGCGGCUCGACGAGGCUCUCGAGCUAGCUUGCCGGGUCGAUGCGUCCGGACACGAUGAGCUGAUGCUAUGGAGUGCGCUCGUCUCCGCCGCCAGGGCGAAAGGCCGGCUUGACGUGGUGGAGAAGGUGAGAGCAACCCUAGCUAAGAUUGAGCUAGGGAGGGAAGAUGUUGCAGGCAUCUACAUCGCCAUGUCGAACGCCUACAUUUCAGCGGGGGAGUGGGACGGCGCUUCUAGGGUUCGAAGAGAGAUGCGACGACGAGGGGUCAGGAAGGAUCCAGGGUGCAGCUGGAUCGAGGUGAAGAACUCGGUGUUUGAAUUCUAUGCAGGGAAUGUGGUGGGUUGUCCGAGGAAGGACGAGGUCGUGGUAUUGUUGAGGGAGAUGGAAGAGAGAAUGGGUGCAGAGAUGGGUUGUAAGAGGACUCUGAAGAGUUAUGUGGAGCUCGAUAAUGGCGGAUUGGGGGAGGAAGAGUUCAUUGUUGGGGUUCAUAGUGAGGUCCUGGCAAUGGCGUUUGGGCUAUUGAGUUUUCCCAAUGGAGGUAAGAUCAGGAUAAUGAAGAAUUUGAGGAUGUGUGCGGAUUGCCAUGUGGUGUUCAAGCUGGUGAGCAAGAUGGAGGGGAGGGAGUUUGUGGUUAGGGAUUUGAAUCGGUUUCAUUGUUUUAGGGAUGGGAUUUGUAGCUGUGGGGAUUAUUGGUGAA